AUGGCCAAACUCCUGCGCUGCUGCCUAGGAAUCAGCCUGUUGGCAACGCCCGCAACGAGCCUCGCCGCCUUCCACAGCGCGCUCUCGAGCGUCAAGCCCAACGACGCCAGCGGCGCUCUCGACGAGGCGCUCACGCUGCUGGCCUUCGAGCGCGGCGCCGAGGCGCCGGUGCCGGACCUGGCGUUCCUCUGCGUGGGCAUGCCGUUCGAGAGCAGCCUCGAGGCCUUGGUCGACGAGGCCUUCGAGCGCACGCGCGCGCGCGUGCUCGUCGGCGUCGUCGGCGCGGGCGUCAUCGGCGGCGGCCGCGAGCGGGAGAUGGCCGAGUGCGUGAGCGUCGCCGCGGGCACGCUGCCCGCGGGCACGGUCGUCGAGCCCUUCGUCUUCGAGAGCCCCGGCGGCGGCGAGCUGCCGGCGGAGGACUACCGGCAGACGGAGCGCCUCGUGAAGCGCGAGGGCACGAGCUGCCUGCUCUUCGGCGACCCCUUCAGCCCCGUGCGCGACGUCGCGAAGCUCCUCGACGCCUGGGCGCCCGGCGCGCUCGUCGUGGGCGGCAUCUCGUGCCCCGCCUCGCAGCGGACCGCGUCGCUCGCGCUCCGCGAGGUCGGCACGUCGCACCGCGUGGGGCGUGGAAGCGCGCUGGGGCUGGCGCUCCGCGGCCCCAACCUCGCGGUGCACAGCGUCACGGCCCAGGGCGCCGUCGGCGUCGGCGAGCCCAUGACCGUGACGUCGAGCUCCGCGGGCAACGUCGUCGGCGCGCUCGACGGCGAGACGCCCGUCGACCGGCUCCGGACCCUCCUCGAGGCGCUGUCGAAGACGGACCCGCGGUCCGCCAAGCUCCUCCAGGAGGCGUUGUUGGUGGGGGUCCGGGCGACCGACGAGGAGGACUUCCUCGUGCGCCAGGUGCUGGGGGCGACGACGGCGGGCGAGCUGCUGAUCGGCGACCCGUCGAUCGUCGCCGGCGAGACGCGGCUCCAGUUCAUGGUCCGCGACGGCGUCGCCGCGCGCGAGGACCUGGAGAGCGUCUUCCGGCGCUACGCGCUCGAGCGCCAGUUCUCCGGCGGCGGCGCGAGGCCGCUCCUCUCGUUCCUCACGAGCUGCGCGGGCCGCGGCGAGGGCCUCUUCGAGGAGGCCAACGUCGACACGGACGCGCUCUCGGAACUCGGCGCGCCGGUCUGCGGCUUCUUCGCCAACGGCGAGCUCGGCCCCGUCGGCGCGCGCGUCGCGUCGGGCGGCCCGACGCCCACCUACCUCCACGGCUUCACGGCGACGGCCGCGGUGCUCUGCGACGGCACGCCCGCGGAGUAA